AUGUUCUAUCUUGUGGGUCUUGGUUUAUGCGAUGAAAAAGAUAUUACUAUUCGCGGCCUGGAGAUAGUCAAAGCCUCGUCAAGGGUGUAUCUUGAGGCGUACACGAGUAUCUUGAUGGUACAGAAAGAGAGAUUGGAAGCAUUCUACGGGAAGGAGCUGAUCCUUGCCGAUCGUGACAUGGUUGAGACGGAGAGCGACGAAAUGCUCCGGGAUGCAGACAGAGAGGAUGUGACGCUACUCGUCGUUGGGGAUCCUUUCGGAGCGACGACGCAUACGGACAUCAUCCUCCGCGCUCGCGCGCUCAAAAUUCCUACUCGAGUUAUUCACAAUGCGUCCAUCAUGAAUGCAAUUGGGGCAUGCGGGCUGCAAUUGUAUAAUUUUGGUCAGACGGUCUCUCUUGUCUUCUUUACAGAGACGUGGAAACCGGAUAGCUUCUAUGAUCGAGUAAAGGAGAACAUGGAUUUGGGCAUGCACACCCUGCUCUUGCUCGAUAUAAAGGUCAAGGAGCAGAGCGAGGAGAACCUGGCUCGAGGACGAAAAAUAUACGAGCCUCCGCGAUACAUGUCCAUCUCCACAGCCGUCUCGCAGCUAGUAGAUGUGGAGUCGACUCGUCAGGCUGGCAUCUUGCGCCCCGACAUAACGUUGGCGGUCGCCAUGUCCAGGGUCGGGGGAGGCGAAGCAGAGCGCAUCGUAUGUGGUACUCUCGAAGAACUCGUCUCGCAGCCUCCGGAGGUGUUUGGCGAGCCUCUGCAUAGCCUAGUGAUUGUCGGAAAACGACUGCAUCAUCUCGAGGUCGAGUAUGCGGAGGCGUACGCCAUAAACAGAGAGACGUGGAGGAGCGUCGCACAAAACGUGUACGGAUGCGCUUUAGAUUCCUGA